UCCUUCAGUUUCACAUUAUCCGUCACUUACUUACGCUUGUUUUGAUAUUUGAAUUCUCAACAGAAAGCUCCGGCGAAGGAAUAUAUCGGAGCACGGCGUGUAACUAUGGUAUUCAACAUAAGCUCCAUCAAAACGUCAUCGAAUGGAGCCUUGCAGGGCGACAAUCCCUUGGACUACGCCUUCCCGCUCCUCAUCCUUCAAACCUUCCUCAUCCUCCUCGUCAGCCGCUCCCUCGCUUUCCUCCUCAAACCUCUUCGCCAACCCAAAGUCAUCGCUGAGAUUGUCGGUGGAAUUCUGCUAGGCCCAUCGGCUUUUGGAAGGAACCAAACUUACAUGCACCGUAUAUUCCCGUCUUGGAGCACUCCCAUACUCGAAUCCGUCGCCAGCAUAGGCCUUCUCUUUUUCCUUUUCCUCGUCGGUCUCGAGCUCGAUCUGGCCUCCAUUCGCCGGAGUGGUCGCCGAGCCUUCGCUAUAGCCGCCUCCGGAAUCUCCGUUCCUUUCAUUUUGGGCAUCGGCGUCGCCAUGUUGCUUCGCAAAACCGUCGACGGAGCUGACAAGGUCGGUUUCGGUCAGUUUCUGGUCUUCAUGGGCGUGGCGCUUUCCAUCACCGCAUUCCCCGUUCUCGCUCGUAUCUUAGCCGAGCUCAAACUCUUAACUACCCAGGCGGGAGAGAUCGCUAUGGCCGCGGCAGCAUUCAACGACGUCGCAGCAUGGAUCUUGCUGGCUCUGGCCAUUGCCAUCGCUGGCGACGGCGACGGCGGGCAUCAUAAGAGUCCGUUAGUGUCAGUGUGGGUUCUUUUGUCAGGGGCUGCUUUCGUAAUUUUCAUGAUGGUUGCGAUCCGACCCGCGAUGAAAUGGGUGGCCCUGAGAUGCUCGUCGGAGCACGAGGCCGUUCACGAGCAUUACAUCUGCUUGACGUUAGCCGGAGUGAUGGUGUCGGGUUUUAUGACGGACUUUAUAGGGAUCCAUUCGAUAUUCGGGGCAUUCGUGUUCGGGUUAACUAUUCCAAAAGAAGGAGAUUUCGCAGAGAGACUGAUGGAGAGGAUUGAGGAUUUCGUGUCGGGUCUGCUCCUCCCACUAUAUUUUGCAUCGAGCGGGUUGAAGACUGACGUGGCAAAAAUCCGAGGCGGGGAGGCCUGGGGGCUGUUGGCGUUGGUUAUAACUACCGCCUGCGCUGGCAAGAUACUCGGAACGUUCGCGGUGGCGAUGAUGUGUUUUAUUCCGGCGAGGGAAUCCUUAACGCUGGGCGUCCUCAUGAACACCAAAGGCCUGGUAGAGCUCAUCGUGCUCAACAUUGGCAAGGAGAAAAAGGUUCUGAACGAUGAGAUGUUCGCCAUUCUAGUUCUAAUGGCUCUGUUCACCACCUUCAUCACCACUCCAACAGUGAUGGCCAUCUACAAACCCGCACGUGGCAUCAGGGCGAGGACCCACCGGAGGCUAGGCGACUUGUCUUCCAGCUCCAAGAAAAAGGCCGCCGGCGAGCUGCGAGUGCUAGCCUGCGUGCACGGUCCCGGCAACGUACCUUCCAUCAUCAGACUCAUCGAGUUAACACGCAGCACCAACAAGUCCCUCCUUAAGCUCUUCAUCAUGCACCUCGUUGAGCUCACCGAACGCUCCUCCUCCAUCGUCUUGGCCCAGCGCGCCCGCAAGGAUGGCUUCCCUUUCUUUAACCGCUUCCACGGUGGCCAGUGGCAUGACCGCCUCGCCGGAGCCUUUCAGGCCUACAGUCAAUGUGGACGGGUUUCCGUCCGGCCCAGCACAGCCAUCUCUUCUCUGUCCACCAUGCACGAGGACAUUCGCCACAUGGCGGAGCAGAAGAGAGUCACCAUGAUUAUCUUGCCGUUUCACAAGCAGUGGAGGAUGGAAGUGGAGGAAGAAGAGAUUGGGAGUGGGAGACAUGAGGUGGUGGAGAAUGUGGGUCAUGGAUGGAGAGGGGUGAACCAGAGGGUGCUUAAGAAUUCGCCAUGUUCCGUGGCGGUGCUUAUCGAUCGAGGAUACGGAAACAGGUCGGGAACACCUCCCAACGUCGCCCAAAGGGUCUGUAUUUUGUUCUUUGGUGGGCCCGAUGAUCGAGAGGCCAUGGAAUUGGGAGGGAGGAUGGCGGAGCAUACGGCAGUUAAGGUCGCCGUAGUGAGAUUUGUCAACAGAAAUGGGUUGGUGGGUGACGGCAUCGUGUUACGUCCCUCCCUAGAUAACUGCAGCGAGAAAAACUAUAGCUUCUCCACCGCCACAAUGAACCAUGAGAAAGAGAAGGGCCUAGAUGAAACUGCAGUGGAGGAAUUCAGAAGGAAGUGGCAGACGGCGGUUUAUAUAGAGAAGGCGGCGAGCAACAUAGUGGAGGAGGUGUUGGGAAUGGGGCGGAGCGGGGAUUACGAUCUGAUAGUGGUGGGAAAGGGGCGGUUUCCGUCGAGCAUGGUGGUUGAAUUGGCGGGGAGACAGGCGGAGCACGCGGAGUUGGGUCCAAUCGGCGACAUUCUCGCGUCGUCGGGACAAGGGGUACUGUCGUCGGUGCUGGUCAUUCAGCAACCCGACGUGGAGCUGGAGGACGAGUCUCCUGUGUCUAAAGUGCUGGCUGAGUACUACGAGUCGUCCGUGGGGAACGAGAUUUCAACAUCAAACGACAACAAUGUGUAACGGGAAUGAACUGGCACUUACAGCGUUUAACAGCUUGAAUUUUGUUACGAGCCAGUUUUGGUUUCUGAAAUGCCGAGUUUGGUUUCAUGUUGGGGUGUUUUAUGUAUUUUAAUCUUUAAUAGCAGGAAAGUUUCCUGCAAGUGUUUCACACAAGGCAAAAGCCAUGGAUCGGAAGCAGCAUCGGCUCAAUUUCUUUUCUUCGGAUAAAGAUUUUCCUUUAAUAGAUUGUCUCUCUCACCUUGUCACAUUUGAAGCAAGAAUAAAAUCAUCUCAGAGAAUAAAGAGGAAGACUUCGAGCUUGUGGUUGCACGUCUGCUUCUGGUAGGAGAUUUAUUUCCUCAAUCUCUGGCAAUGUGUCUAGCCUAUAUAUGAAAAUGUGCAAAUGGGAUUCAAGUAAUCUACAACAAACUAGACUACUAUUUGAUCUGCAAUCAGCGCAUGUCCAAUGAGAAAGCGAUUUUAUGUUU